GACCUGACUGCAGGGCGGUCGCAGGAGGAACAGGGCCUUCCCGGAGCCACUGGAGCAGGGUCGGUGAUGGAGCCUGCAGCCCGGGGUCGCGCCCCGCCCUGAGUCCCACAGUCAUGCUGCCCCGAGGGCGCCCCCGGGCAAUGGGGGCCGCCGUGCUGCUGCUGCUGUUGCUAGUGGUUGGCUUCUUCCUGUUCGGCCGGGACCCGGAGUGUAAGCGCCGGAGCUGGGCAGGGGAAGAAGGGACCCUGUGUGACCGCUGCCUGCUCACGCCACGUGUCUUUUCAGACGGACUAGGCACAACUGCUACCCUCGAUGAAGACCCGUACGGGAGUCGCAACCUCUCCGCCUCCAGCCCACAGCUUCUACUGCCACCCAAGUGCGAGAUGUUGCAUGUGGCUAUCGUGUGUGCGGGAUACAACUCCAGCCGAGAGAUUAUUACCCUAACGAAGUCCCUGCUAUUCUACAGGAAAAAUCCGCUGCACCUCCACCUGAUAACUGAUGCCAUAGCCAGAAACAUCCUGGAGACGCUCUUCAGAACAUGGAUGGUGCCAGCGUUGGUGGUCAGCUUCUAUGAUGCGGAAGAACUCAAGCCCCUGGUCUCCUGGAUCCCCAACAAGCACUACUCUGGCCUCUAUGGGCUGAUGAAGCUAGUACUUCCCAGCAUCCUGCCUCCCAGCCUGGCCCAAGUCAUCGUCCUGGAUACCGACGUCACUUUCUCCUCUGACAUUGUGGAGCUCUGGGCACUCUUUGGUCGUUUCUCUGACAAGCAGGUGGUCGGUCUCGUGGAGAACCAGAGCGACUGGUACCUGGGCAACCUCUGGAAGAACCAUAGGCCCUGGCCUGCCUUGGGCAGGGGAUUUAACACAGGUGUGAUCCUGCUGUGGCUGGACAGGCUCCAGCAAACUGGCUGGGAGCAGAUGUGGAAGGUGACAGCCAAACGAGAGCUGCUGACUCUGAUGGCCACUUCCUUGGCUGACCAGGACAUCUUCAAUGCGGUCAUCAAGGAGCACCCCCAUCUGGUGCACCCCCUGCCCUGUGUCUGGAACGUGCAGCUGUCAGACCACACUCUGGCUGAGCGCUGCUACCUGGAAGCAGCUGACCUCAAAGUGAUCCACUGGAAUUCACCAAAGAAGCUUCGAGUGAAGAACAAGCACGCAGAAUUCUUCCGUAAUCUGCACUUGACCUUUCUGGGGUAUGAUGGGAAGCUACUGCGAAGAGAGCUCUUUGGAUGUCCCAACCAGUUCCCUCCUGGGGCCGAGCAGUUGCAGCAGGCCCUAGCACAGCUGGAUGAGGAAGAGCCCUGCUUUGAGUUCCGCCAACAGCAGCUCACUGUGCACCGGGUGCACAUCACCUUCCUGCCCCACCAGCCACCACCUCCCCGGCCUCACGAUGUCACCUUGGUGGCCCAGCUCUCUAUGGACCGGCUGCAGAUGCUGGAAGCCCUGUGCAGGCACUGGCCAGGCCCCAUGAGCCUGGCCUUGUACCUGACAGAUGAAGAGGCUCAACAAUUCCUUCAUUUUGUGGAAACGUCGCCAGUGCUCUCUGUGAGGAAGGAUGUGGCCUACCAUGUAGUGUACCAGGACGGUCCUCUCUAUCCAGUCAACCAGCUCCGCAACGUGGCCUUGGCCCAGGCUCUCACACCCUACGUCUUCCUCAGUGAUAUUGACUUCUUACCUGCCUACUCCCUCUACGACUACCUCAGGGCCUCUAUCGAGCAGCUGGAGCUGGACAGUCGGCGCAAGACUGCUUUGGUGGUGCCUGCAUUUGAGACCCUACACUACCGGUUCAGCUUCCCAAACUCUAAGGCAGAGCUGUUGACUUUACUGGAUGCCGGCUCCCUUCACACCUUUAGGUACCACGAGUGGCCACAGGGUCACUCAUCCACAGACUAUUCCCGCUGGCGGGAAGCCCAGGCACCAUACCGUGUGCAGUGGUCAGCUGAUUAUGAACCCUACGUGGUGGUACCCCGUGACUGCCCCCGUUAUGAUCCUCGCUUUGUGGGAUUUGGCUGGAACAAGGUGGCCCACAUUAUAGAGUUGGAUGCUCAGGAAUAUGAAUUCCUGGUACUUCCUGAGGCCUUCUCUAUCCACUUGCCCCACACUCCAAGUCUGGACAUCUCCCGCUUCCGCUCCAGCCCCACCUACCGCAACUGUCUCCAGGCCCUCAAGGAGGAGUUCCACCAGGACUUGUCAAGGCGCUAUGGGUCUGCAGCCCUGAAAUACCUCACUGCCCUGCAGCAGGCCCGAAGCCGGGCUUGAGCUUGCCCCGUUGCCCUAGCUAUGGCUUACACGUUCCCUGUAGAGGCUGGAGAACCCUGGUGGCCCACCCUUACUGCUAUUUAAGUUAUUUAAAAUUUUUGUCAGAAGGGGCAGAGUGGAGCAUCUGUGGGGUUCCUGGUUCCUUCUGCUGUUCCACACUGGGAUCCAGCCCUCCUUUGCCUCAGCUGGUUUGGGGCUAGUUCUAAUUCUCUUAUAUAAUAAAAUUUUUUAAUUUUUUUUUAUCUUA